UGGAGUGCACCUAUGCCGUGCUCUGUGCUGCAGAUCAGGAUAUUUUCUCCUGAUCCCAAGGGUUGCAUUGUCUUGCUAGGUAAACAGCAAAGGGGCUGGGGCAAGUAAUGCUGGCCCAGGAUUCCAUCAUGCUCCUGGCUCACUUCCUGUCAGCCCCAAAGAAAUCUGAGUAAAAGCAGGCACUGAUGUAUUUUUCCCAAGAUCAAGGAAUUAUCCCAGCACAAGCAAGUUUUCUGUUUCUUCCUACACUAUUUGGCCUGUGGGAGUGCUACAGAAUGAGGUGGAGUGUUCCAGUUCUUAAAUCUUACAAGGUUGGUUUUUUUCAUGACCUACAGAAUCUAUUUCUUCCAGGGCUGACCCAUUUUCUUUUCUUGGAGGUGCCCGUGGAUCAGCCACUGCAUCCCCUCCCCUGGCCCAGCAUGGAAGAGACUGGGACAGUCAGGAGGCACAGACAGCAACAUGCCUGUGCUGGCUAGAGGAGAGCAAGAUGGGUUUUAUUACCAUGGCACAGUAAAAGAGGAGAUAGAGGGUGAACGAGGCAUGUUCCUGGUAGAGUUUGCCAAACCACUUGUGUCACAUGGAAGGCAUCCAGUGAGUGUGCAAAAAACAGCACAGGAUGACAUCCUGGAAUAUGUGAAUGGGAUGAAGCACUCCUUGCUCCCUGGAGACAGAGUGCUGGCACCCUGGGAGCCAGACAGGGCCAGGUACGGCCCAGGAACUGUCCUCAGGGGCAUUGAGACAAGGGAUCCCUUACGAGCCUCAGAAGAUGAAGAAAUUGUUGUCCAGUUCUGGAAUGACAAGCAAGUGAAACUCCCCUGUGGUGUGGCUCUGUGGAUCCCUCCUAGCCUGUGGGAGAGGAUUGUGGAGAUGAUCCACAUGCCCUUCACCAGCAGGGUGAAGCCCAGACCAAGCCAGGACACUAACUCUUGUAUUUUUCCCUGCAGUCCUAAGCCAGCCCUGAUUCCUGCUUGUGCUGUAUGUAGCCUUGCCAAGCACUGCUUGCUCUGCUCUCCCUGCUGGCCACAUUUCCACCAGCGCUGUGCUGGUGGGAUCUGCUGUUCAUCAGCCUGGGUAAGGAGCAUCUGCUGCUGCCAUCCCUGUGCUGGUGCCUGGUGGCCUCUUCCCUCCAGGUCUCUGGUCUUUCAGGACAAAGCUGAAGAGGCAGAGUCCAGCAGAGAGCUCUCUCCAGGCCUUCUAGAACUGAAAGGCACAAAACAAGAUGUGGCAACAUCUUCUCCCUUUUCUGAUUCAGAGUGGGAUCUGAAGCCAUCCCUCACUAAGAGUACUGUGGGGGACAGUGCUGUUAACCCAGGCUCCAGCUGUCUUGAAAAGCCCAGGCUAAGGGAUUCUGCAAGACCUGAGGGGAAGUACUGGAAAAGAAGCCGCCAAAAGUCCCGUUCCAGUAAUUCAGGACCUGGAAGUUGUAGCAGCACAUGUACAAAGGGCCAGCUGGAAUCCAAAGCCGUGUCCCCCGGGGGCACAUCCAGUGUGGCCCCAGCUCAGCAGAGUGCAAUGUUUGAAAGCAUUGAGCAGACCCCCAGAGGGCAACCCACACUGAAAGAAAUCCUAAGAGACCAAGAUUUCAAGGCAUCAUUGAGGGAAGAAGGCUUUGCAGCAUCAGAAAAACAAAGAUAUAAAGCAGCAUCAGAUGAUAAAUGUAAAGUGACUUGUGUUGGAGAUGACAAACCUGAUGUUACAGACCCUGUCAGACCUCACUUGCAACAAAACUGAGAGUCAGUUUUGUCUGGUCAGACAGAAUUCAGUACAUGUACAACUGAUCAAGUUCAGGGGCUGAAAUUUCAGGUAAACUGCUUCUACUAUAUCAGUGUUAUAUCUUUUAAAUCAACCAAGUUCUGAUUUAGGUACUGUUUCAGUAGAAUAUCUUAAUGGAUGACUAUAUAAUUUUAAUAAGUGAGAAACUCUUCUUCCACUGACAUCAAACUUAAGCAUCCUCAUUCUUUAUUCCAAAGUGCUACUAUAAAUUCCUAAUUAUUUGGAAUUGGCUUUACAAUUCUGGAGAGAUCAGAUGAACUAGUAUGAGCACUAAAACCUGAACAGAUGCACAGCAAGAGACCAAUAAAGCAAGAGGCCCCCCACUUGUCUACAGCUCUCUGGAGUGAGGCACAAAAAUUCAGCAAAGCAGUUUCUGUUUGUAGAAAGCCAGGAGGAACAGAGAAACAAUACAAGCUGGCAGCUGAAAGAAUUUUUUUCAGGAUUAAAGCACAAGCAAAAGUAGCCAGAGGCUAAAGGACCUGCUACUGUAGAUACAAACAACAAAAUGAUUAGCAUUCAAGCCACUGAUUCUUAUUUCUGAUGAAAAUGAACUGAAACCUUAGUACUAUCAGCUACAAAAAGAUGACAGAUCGAUGUAGAUUACAUCACUAAUUCUAAGCAUGGAAUCUGGUCCUUUGGGAAAGUUAAGCACCCAGGGAGUUCUGUUAGUGUUAGCUCAUGUUUAAAGCAUAUGAACUUGGCCCCAAGCUGCAGUGUGCAGUUGCUCAGCAGUAAAUUGGAUAAUUUAGGGUACCCCAAAGCCAUCAGAAAAGGGGUUUAGCAUGGUCUGCAAAGCCUGCAAAGAGACAGAACUUGAAUCAAUAACUCACGUGCCUAGACUGAACACCUGACACAUGUUUCAGCACAUUUCUGAGUUGAGGUUCUAGGUAGUGAAUUUCAUUUGUAUUUCACUUUAGCAGACUAGCAAAAGUACAGAUAGGAGGGUGGCUGGUGAGCCAGCUUCUCUAAAAUCAGUGCUAGCCUGCAGAAGCUAAUGUGCACCCAUAUUCAUACCACAUGGGUCAUUCUUUCUCUGGUCAACACUGUGACAUGGGGGUUCUCUCUGAGGAUAAUACAAAAGAAGCUGUCAUCACAAAGGCUUGA